AUGACUAUCGUUAGUUGGAAUGUUAGAUGUUUGAAUGGAAAGGAUGCAAUACGACAUGUUAAGCUACUUAUUCGAGAGUUCAAGCCAGAUGUUCUUUUUUUGAUGGAAACAAGAUUAGUCAAAGGUAAGAGCCUAGAAAUAAAAAGACAAUUAUCUUUUGCAAACGUCUAUGAAGUGCCUAGAGUAGGUAUGGGAGGGGGAUUAAUGCUAUUGUGGAAGGAAAGAGUUGUGGUCUCGGGAAUUACUUCUACCCCUAAUUAUAUUAGUUGUUUUAUGAAGUUAGAGAAUAUACCAAUAAAAUGGCAUUUCUGUGGGUUUUAUGGGGAGCCUAAUAUUUCUAAGAGACGACUAACAUGGGAUAUGUUGGAACAUUUACGGAUAGUGUAUGAAGGACCAUGGUUAGUGAUUAGAGAUUUCAAUGAGAUUUUAAGUCAGGAUGAUAAAAAUAAAAGCGGAUAUAGAAAUGAAACACAAAUUGAAGAUUUUUGUAGUACUUUAGAAUUGUGCGCACUACACCCAUUGCAUUAUAAAGGAGAGAGAUAUACUUGGGCAAAAAGUGCAGACAAUGAAAGUAUCAAGGAGAGACUAGAUUGGGCAAUGGUGAAUGAAGCAUGGGAGGACUAUUUCUCUUAUACAAGCUUGACACAUCUAGAUUAUUAUCAUUCUGAUCACAGAGCACUGUUGGUAAAAAUAAAGGAUGAUACGGAUCUGCAGAAAGGUUCCAACAAGAGGAAAAGAUUCAGAUUUGAGAAUAUCUGGAUUGGUGACGAAGAAUGUAAGAGUCUAAUUAAGAAUUGUUGGAGGUAUGAGGAAAAUACACCACUGAUUUCAACAAUCAAGAAUAUUCAACAAUGUGCUUCAAAUCUGGAUACUUGGCCUCAGAAUAAGUAUGGAUCAUUAUUUCGAGAAAUUAAAGAUACGCAGAAAAAAGUAGUUCAAAUGCACAAUUUGCAAAGUAAAGGAUGUUCUAGCGAAGGAUCUAGGCAAUUUGAGAAUAAACUCAAUGAUCUGCUUUUAAAGGAGGAGGUCUUCUGGCAUCAAAGGGCAAGGGUCCAAUGGUUACAGGCUGGUGAUCAGAACACCAAAUUUUUCCACAAGAAGGCAAAUGCACGAAGAAAGAAUAAUACAAUUCGAGGUUUAUUUAAUGAAGAUCAUAUAUGGUGUACGAGUAACGAAGCCAUAGGUGAUAUCACAAAGAAUUAUUAUUCUGCACUCUUUACGUCGAUUAUGCCUACAAAUGAAAGCAUUGAGGAGUUGUUACAAGCUGUCGAGCAAGUGGUUACAGAUGACAUGAAUGAAACACUGACGAAGACCUUUACAUUGGAAGAAGUUCAACGAGCAGUUUUUAGUAUGCCUGCGGAUAAAAGCCCUGGUCCAGAUGGAAUGAGUGCCUUUGAGAACCAAAGUGCUUUUGUCCCUGGAAGACUCAUAACAGAUAGUGUCCUUAUUGCCUAUGAGUGCCUUCAUAAUUUAAAAGCAAGAAAAGUCAGAAGGCGAAGUUACGUAGCAAUGAAGUUGGAUAUGAGUAAAGCCUAUGACAGAGUAGAAUGGAAGUUUAUUGAGAAAAUGAUGUUAAAAAUGGGUUUCAAGACCGAAUGGGUGAAUAUAGUCUUGAAAUGUGUUUCAUCUGUUCGUUAUUCAUUUCAAAUCAAUGACUCUAUUCAUGGUGAAGUGGUGCCAACGAGAGGUUUAAGACAAGGGGACCCACUUUCUCCCUAUCUUUUCUUAAUAUGUGCGGAGGGACUCUCCUCGCUAAUUAAGCAGGCAGAAUCAAAGAAAGAAAUUUUUGGGCUGAAAGUUGUAAGAGAGGCUCCCAGUAUAAGCCAUCUUUUCUUUGCCGAUGAUAGUCUACUCUUCUUAGAUGCAAAUGAGGGUUCUUUGCAUAAAAUUCAACAAAUUUUGGCAUUAUAUUCGCGAUGCUCAGGACAGGUUAUAAAUUUUAACAAAUAUAUUCUGUAUUUUUCAUCAAAUACUCCUGAGGAAACACGGAAACUCUUUGCAGAAGCAUUAAAUAUGAGAAUAACAGAGGCUAUAGAAAAGUAUUUGGGUCUUCCCAUGAUAGGAGGGAAAAAUAAAAAUGCAAUAUUCAGACCAAUUAAGGAUAAAAUAUGGAAAAAGCUAAAUGAAUAUCAGGCCAAACUAUUCUCACAAGGGGGUAAAGAGAUUCUAGUGAAAGCGGUAGUCCAAGCAAUGCCUACUUAUCAAAUGGCAUGUUUAAAAUACCGGAAGGCAUUGGAGAAGAGAUAG